AUGCGCAGAUAUGUCCAGAUCUCUUCAUGGUCUGCUUCAAAUGGGCAUCUGGUUUGUCCUGAUCUUCUUCCGGAUCGCAUUGUUCGCUUGCACUUGACAUUCGACACCAUUUUGAAACUGAGCUGCGGUUCCGGUUCGAUUCAUCCUCUGCCAGGUCAUCAGUUACGGCCCUCUGCAUCCCAAGUUGGGAAUGUCUCGUCUCGGGGGUCCGCCAUGUGGAUCUCACAGCGAGUUGGCGAAUACNGAAUACCAACACUGGCCCCAGUCACCACCCGCCCAGCCGCAAACACCAGAACCGGUGGAUACGGUCUGACGAAGGUGUUGGCACCUUUUCACGCACUUCAAAGGAGGCAUAUGUGCUCCUGUGGUGGUGUCGCACAAAUAGAUAAUGACCUGAAAGUGUCGAACAAACUGGAUGUGAAUCUGGCCAACACUGAUGUGUAUAUCGAUCGAGCACGAUCUAGUGCAGCCGCCUGA